ACAGAUUACUCGUUUAAGCGGCCAACCUGAACUAGAAACAAUUCAGUCUUUUAGCUUCGUAAAACCCCGACAAAACCUUUGGAUUGAAUCUUCGCAUCUCAACGACGGCGACAAACUCAUGGAAGUUCCCCGCGUUCUCUCUUCAUCCGUUCCCUUUCUCGGACCUCUACUCUUCCCUAAGCUCCGUGGGAGCCAAUCGCUAUCUGGGUACGCCAGAAAUCCAUGGAAUUUGAGGAAUUUUGUCGUCAGGGCCGGCCCGAAGAGGAUCUCAUUUGGUAGAGAAUGCAGAGGGGCCUUACUAGCCGGGAUUGAUAAGCUAGCUGAUGCUGUUUCUAUCACUUUAGGCCCUAAAGGUCGCAAUGUUAUUCUCUCUGAACAAGGAACACUUAAAGUGGUUAAUGAUGGGGUUACAAUUGCUAAAGCUAUAGAGCUUUCUGAUGCAAUUGAGAAUGCGGGAGUGGUGCUGAUCCAAGAGGUUGCUAGUAAAAUGAAUGACUUGGCUGGUGAUGGAACUACCACCGCAAUAAUUUUGGCACGUGAAAUGGUCAAAUCUGGACUAUUGGCAAUUUCCUUUGGGGCUGACCCAGUUUCCUUAAAGAAAGGAAUAGAUAAGACUGUAAAGGAAUUAAUCAAGGUCUUAAAGAAGAAAAGUACUCCUGUACAAGGAAAAGAUGAUAUUAAAGCUGUUGCAAUGAUAUCUUCUGGAAAUGAUGAAUAUGUGGGGAACUUAAUUGCUGAAGCAAUAGAAAAGAUUGGCCCUGAUGGUGUGAUCUCAAUUGAGUCAUCCAAAUCCUCUGAGACUUCUGUAAUAAUAGAAGAAGGAAUGAAGAUUGAUAAAGGUUACAUGUCGCCUCAGUUUAUUACAAACCAAGAUAAGUCUAUCGUGGAGUUUGACAAUGCAAAAGUCCUAGUAACUGAUCAAAGAAUUUCUACUGUCAAAGAAAUUGUACCAUUGUUGGAGAAAACUGUACAACUUAGUCUUCCUCUGCUAAUUAUUGCGGAGGACAUCUCAAGACAAGUACUAGAAACCCUAGUGCUGAACAAGGUGCAGGGUUUAGUUAAUGUGGCCGUUGUAAAAUGUCCUGGGCUUGGUGAAAGAAAGAAAGCUCUAUUGCAAGAUAUUGCACUAAUGACAGGUGCUGAUUUUCUGUCUGGAGAUUUGGGUCUAGAUCUUGAAAGUGCAACUUCGGACCAGCUAGGAAUUGCUCGGAAAAUAGUUAUAACAUGUAACUCAACAACAAUAGUUGCUGACCCCUCUACUAAAGCUGAAAUUCAAGCAAGAAUUUCGCAGAUUAAAAAGGAUCUUGUUGAAACAGAUAACUCCAACCUCUCAAGAAAGCUCUCGGAGAGGAUUGCUAAGCUUUCUGGUGGAGUUGCUGUCAUUAAGGUGGGAGCACAUACAGAGGUGGAACUUGAAGAUAGAAAACUCAGAAUUGAGGAUGCAAAAAAUGCUGUAUUUGCUGCUAUGAAUGAAGGCAUUGUUCCUGGUGGAGGUGCUACCUAUGUUCAUCUGUCUGAAUUGCUUCCAACCAUAAAACAUUCGAUGGAGGAUCAGGAUGAGCAGAUGGGUGUGGAUCUCGUGGGAAAGGCACUCCUUGCACCUGCAAAAUACAUUGCAAGUAAUGCAGGAGAUGAUGGAGUAAUUGUUGUGGAGAAGACUCGAGCUGGCGAAUGGCGACAUGGAUAUAACGCAAUGACAGACAGAUAUGAGGAUCUUCUCAAUGCCGGUGUAGUAGAUCCUUGCCUUGUUUCUAGAUGUGCGCUUCAGAUUGCGGCCUCUAUCACCGGGAUCAUUCUAACGACUCAAGCCAUAAUGGUCGAGAAAACAAAGAAGCCAAAGCCACCAAUUCCACUUGUUCCUGGAAUAUCUCCAUGAACACAAAACAAAAAUAGAUAUUCUGAAAGUUAACAUGAAAAGGCAAAUAGAAACCCGCGGAUUCUGACAUGGUUUCUCUGCUAAGCUUCUGAGAUUGAGUUGAAUAGGGUAAAGGAUUAAAGAAGCUUUCAGGCUAUAAUGAAAAGGGAAAGCUCCCAUUUCCACCUGUGGUUGAUGAAGAGAUGUCUUGCCAAUUGCCAUGCACGAUGAAGGAGUUUAAUGCUGGGGAACUGGAACAGCUCCUCUAGUUCCUCUACUCAUUCACGUAAUAAAAAUACUGAAAGCAGAGAAUUUUGCCAUUGUAUUGUUUGUUAUCAGGUUUUUCUGUUGUAAAACCUCAAUAAUUUUAAUGACAGUUCCUUUUUUUUUUGUGGUUUUA